GGACAUUGUGAGGACAGUACGUGACGGCCAUGACUGUGAGACUAAUGAUUCCAUACAUCAUGGCGCUCUUCCCAGCACUCGACUUCUCAACACUUUAACAUUGGGAAAUAAAAUUUAAUGUCAACCGAGAUUUAAGCUUUGGCGAUGGCUGCUGAUAGAUGCGCGCGGCGAUCUCCAGAAGCGGCGUGGACGAUCUGUGCCGGAGCUACGCGCGCCUCCUUAGGGAAUGCGGUAGGCUGGGGGAUUUUUCACAGGGCAACCGCCUCCACGCGCAGAUCCGUGAAUCAGGGCUCCUGCUGGGCGAUCGCGAGGAGAGCGGCUCGCGAUUCUUGGGUAACUGCCUCGUCCAAAUGUAUGGCAAAUGCGGCAGGACUGACGAGGCGCAGCGCGCAUUCGACUCCAUCGCGCACAAGAACAUCUUCUCCUGGACGUCGAUUCUCGUGGCGUACUUCCACGCGGGCCUCCAUAACCAGGCGCUGGAGAGAUUCCACCAGAUGAUCAAGGCCGGCGUGGAGCCCAACCGACUUGUGUUCCUGGCGGCUCUCAACGUGUGUGGCAUCCUCAAGCGGCUCGAAGAUGGUGCCGGGAUCCAUCGCCAGAUCCAAGACAAGCUGCUGGAUUCCGACUUGGAGAUCGGGAAUGCGCUGGUCAGCAUGUAUGGGAAGUGUGGGAGGCUGGAUCUUGCCAAACAACUCUUCAAUUGUUUGGAGAGGAGGAAUGUGAUCAGCUGGACGAUCUUGGUGUCCGUGUUUGUGGAGAAUGGGAGGAGGAGAGAGACUUGGGGGCUGCUUCGAUCCAUGGCGGUGGAAGGGAUAAAGCCGGACAAGGUUUUGCUCCUCACGCUGCUCAACGUUUGCUCCAGCCGGGGAGUUUUGGACGAGGAUAGCUGGAUGGCUCACGACUAUAUCGUCGGGAGUGGAUUGGAUCGUGAGGCGGUGGUGGCCACCGCACUGCUCUCCAUGUUUGCGAGGUGUGGGAGAGUGGACAAAGCCAGGGAGAUCUUCGAAAAGGUGGCGGAUCACUCGGCACAAGUGAUCGAAUGCUGGAACGCGAUGAUCACGGCUUACGCUCAUAGAGGGUGCUCCAAAGAGGCUCUUUUCCUGCUCGAUUCUCUCCAGCUCCAGGGAGUGAAGCCGAAUUGCAUCACUUUUAUCAGUUCUCUCGGUGCCUGCUCAAGCUUGCAAGACGGUCGAGCUCUACACCUUCUCAUCGACGAGAGUGGAUUCGAUCGAGAGGUAUCGGUGGCGAACGCGCUGGUGACGAUGUAUGGGAGGUGCGGGAGCUUGCUGGAUUCGGCUAAGCUCUUCUCGGAGAUGGCUGAGAAGGACUUGGCGUCCUGGAACUCGGCCAUCGCCGCUCACGCUUACCACGGACGCAGCGACGAGUGCAUCAAACUCCUGGAUCAAAUGCGAGGAGAAGGAGUCCUGUACGAGAAGGUAACUUUCCUCACAGCUCUCAACUCGUGCACUGAUCCAGCUUCGCUGCAAGAUGGAGUUUUGAUGCACGAGAAGAUCGUCCAGUGUGGAUACGAGGCGGACACGGUGGUGGCGUCGGCGGUGAUCAACAUGUACGGGAGGUGUGGAGGUCUGGACAGAGCGAGGGAGAUCUUCGCCAGAGUGAAAACUUUCGACGUGAUCCUCUGGACCGGGAUGCUCACAGUCUACUGCCAGCUCGGCCGGACCAAGCAAGUGAUGGAACACUUUCGAUCCAUGCUCCACGAAGGAUUGAAGCCAACGGGAGUGACUCUCGUGAACUUGAUCACCUGCGUCGCGGAUUCCGGACUGGAACUCUUCCAAGAUGGAGUGUGGAUCAGCUCUCUGGCCUGGGAGAGUGGACUGGAAUCCGAGACGAUGGUUGCAAACUCUCUCAUCGAGAUGUUCUCGGAGUUCCGGAGCUUGAGCCAGGCGAGAGCCAUCUUCGACAGGAAUCCCGAGAAGAGCGUUGCGCUCCACACCACGAUGCUAGCGGCGUACGUGAAGGGAGAGCGCGGCAAAGAAGCCGGUGUUCUUCGCGAGCACGCUCAAGCAGCCAUGGAGCUCUUCCAGACGAUGCAAGCACAGGGGCAGAGACCGGGCCUUCCAACUUUCGUCAUGGCAGUGGACGCCGCGGGGAUCUUAGCAGCGCUCUCGUCGGGAAGAACUCUCCACAGCUCCAUUGUGGAGUGUGGAUUCCUCUCCGACGCUCACGUCGCUACCGCGCUCAUCGACAUGUAUGGGAAGUGUGGAGACUUAUCGUCCGCCGAGAAGAUCUUCCAGUUCUUCCUCGAGUCCUCGCGGGCAGACAUGGUGCUGUGGACGUCGAUGAUGGGAGCUUACGUCCAGCUCGAUCGGUGCGAGCGAGCGCUCACUCUCUUCGCGAGGAUGCUGCUUGAGGGGCUGGAGCCGAGCAGCGUGACUCUCGUCACGGCCAUGAGUGCGUGUGGUGGGCUGGCGGAUCCAUCCUCGAGCAAGCGCGUCCAUGAGCGGGCCAGGGAGCUCGGGCUAGAGUCCGAGACGUGCGUCGCGAACGGGCUCGUGGACAUGUACGGCAAGGCCGGCGACGUGGACACCGCGCGGUAUAUCUUUGACCGUGCGUUGCGCCGCAACGUCACGACGUGGAACGCCAUGGCGGGGGCUUACCGGCAGUGUGGCGUGACGCGCGGUGUACUGUGGCUCGUACGGACCAUGCAGCGCGACGGGUACCGCCCGGAUUCGGUCACCUUUGUGAGCCUUCUAUCGGUUUGCGGCCACUCGGGGCUCUUGGAGGAGGCGCGCUACAACUUCGUGGCGAUGCGCCGCGAGUUUGGGAUCGAUCCAUCACCCAAGCACUACUCCUGCGUCAUCGAUCUGCUGGCGCGUGCUGGAGAGCUCCAGCAGGCCGAGGAUUUCAUUGCCAGGAUCUCGGUUUCUUCCCCGGCAUCCUCCCCGAUGUGGAUGGCGCUGCUGGGCGCUUGCCGGAGCCUGGGCGAUUCCUCUUCCCGGGCGAGGCGCGCGGCCAGGAACGCGAUGGAUGUGGAGAAGAUGGAGCCACGGUCCCAGCACGAUCCAUCGGCCGCCCACGUCGCGCUGGCAAACAUCUGUGCCGCGAGUGGGAAUUGGGACGAGGCGCUGAGCAUCCGCAAGGCGAUGGCGGAGAAGGGAUUGAGGAAAGAGCCCGGGAGGAGCUUGAUCGCGGUGAAGAACCGGCUGCACGAAUUCGUGGCAGGCGAUCGCGAUCAUCCGCGGCGCGAGGAGAUAUAUGCCGAGCUCCGGAGACUGGAGAGGGCGAUGGUGGAUCGAGGAUACGUCGUGGACACGGGAAUGGUGACACACAAUGUGGGCGAGGCAGACAAGAGGGAUCUACUGGGCUGCCAUAGCGAGAAGCUCGCAGUGGCAUUUGGGGUGCUCAGCACGCCGCCGGGAUCGAGCUUGCGGAUCAUCAAGAACCUGCGCGCCUGUGGCGAUUGUCACACCGCAAUCAAGCUCAUUUCGGCGAUCGAGGGGCGGGAGAUCGUGGUCAGGGAUUCCAAUCGUUUCCACCACUUUAGAAAUGGGAGCUGUUCUUGCGGAGACUACUGGUAAAGAGAUAAGGUUUCAAAUUUGAAAA